AUGGGUGAAGACCCCAAUCAAACUCUAAUUGAUGAGGUGCAAGAUGAACUUGCAAAUGAAAGAGAUGUUCAAGAGGGUCAUCAAGAUCAAAGAGAAAAAAACGAUGAUAUGAUUAGCGGAGAGCCAAUUAGAGAUAAUGUUGCUGGUUCUAUGUGGCUAGAUUAUUAA